AUGUCCCUCAUCCCCUGGCUUCGGUGGAAUGAAGCCCCCCCGAGGCUGUCCUCCCGGAGGCCGGCCGACACGGUGCUGGAGACGCUCAUGAUGGAGCUGGCGGGGCAGAUGCGAGAGGCCGAGAGGCAGCAGUGGGAGCGCGGCAAUGCAGUCAGCAAGAUCUGCACCGGGGUCGACUACAGCUGGCUGGCCAGCGCACCCCGGCCCACCUACGACCUGAGCCCUGGUGAGCGGCUGCAACUAGAAGACGUCUGUGCCAAGAUCCACCCAUCCUACUGUGGGCCCGCCAUCCUCAGGUUCCGGCAGCUGCUGGCCGAGCAGGAGCCCCAGGUGCAGGAGGUGUCCCAGCUCUUCCGCUCGGUGCUGCAGGAGGUCCUGGAGAGAAUGAAGCAGGAGGAGGAGGCCCACAAGCUGACGCGGCAGUGGAGCCUGCGGCCCCGCGGCAACCUGGUGCUGGCCACCUUCAAGACCCGCGCGCGCAUCUCCCCCUUCACCAGUGACAUCCGGACCAUCUCGGAGGACGUGGAGCGGGACAUGCCGCCGCCGCUCCGGACCUGGAGCAUGCCCGAGUUCCGGGCGCCCAAAGAGGACUGA